UCACACUUACAUUAAACAUUCUACUUAAGACCAAAGUAAUUUCAACUUAUUUAUUUAUUAAACACUACCUCUUAAUCUCUCCAUGGACGAUCUGAAUCCUCUGGCGGGCACGGCUCAUCUCCUAGAAGAAGUUGACAAGAAACUGAUGGUACUGCUAAGAGACGGACGAACUCUGAUUGGAUACCUGCGAUCCGUGGAUCAGUUCGCUAACCUAGUGCUGCAGCGCACCAUCGAGAGGAUACAUGUCGGAAACGAGUACGGCGACAUUCCGCGUGGAGUCUUUAUCAUACGCGGCGAGAAUGUGGUGCUCCUAGGAGAAAUUGAUCGCGAGAAGGAACAAAAGCUGCCGCUCAAGGAGAUUUCGGUCGACGAGAUCCUGGACGCCCAGCGAAGGGAGCAGGAACAGCGGCAGGAGAAGCACCGUCUGGUUUCCAAGGCACUAAAAGAACGAGGACUGGCCGUAGAUGCCAACAUAAUCAACGAAGACUUCUGUUAAGACUUCACUUCUUUUUCUAAGAACAUUGAUAGAUUAAGCUCAAAAGAUUUUGUCACUUUGUAUAUUUGUACUGCAUUAAAAAACUAUGUUAAAAACUA